AUGGCAUCUACAUCACAGGAAAGCGGCAAUGCCAAGCCUACGCUAGACAAAGCAAUCAUUACUGCGAAGCGGAAAAGAGCGAGCAAGCCCAAAGUGCGGACCGGCUGUCUGACUUGCCAAAACCCUCGAUUGCUGCGUCCCCUCGUUGCCGACAUUGACGGUACACACACCGAGCGCGUCUACUUCCACCGCUUCCGCCGCAUGGCAGAAGCCGGCCUCUCCAACCAUGUCACGAACCUCACCAGUUCCUGGAGCCGCAUCGCGACCCAGCUAAGCCAUUCGGACGAGGCCGUGAAGCAUGCUAUUGUCGCCCUUGGCUCUGCCCAUCACAUCUACCAGACAGCCCCUCCUCGCGGCGGAGAGACGCCUCCACGCGAGCUCGAAAUCUUUACCAUCCAGCAGUACGGCACGGCCAUGUCCAAGCUCUCCAGCUAUGCCCACGUUCCAAUGAAGGACAGGAUCACCGUCACUCUCCUCUGCUGCGUGUCCUUCGUCUGCAUCGAGUCCUUGCGGAAUAACUGGCGACCAGCGCUGACGCAUCUUUCGAAUGGCCUGCGCAUCAUUGAGAGUCUACCCAUGAGCAAGCUCAACGAGCUGCGCGAUGCCGUGCCCGCUCAUGCUAGCGCAGAUCCUUCGGAAGACGUCUUGGCAAUGAACUACAUCCUGAGACUCUUCGCCACCUGGGAGAUCUCCUGCGCACUUUUUGCCGAGAACUUUAAGCCCGUCAUCGCUAUCAAGCUGUACGAAGGGCGAGAGCUCGACGGCACACUGCUGGACGAAUUCGAGACCAUUGCGGAUGCGCACCGAGCCAUCGUACAAUACACGCGGGACGUGUUCGCCCUGGUCUGGCUCACAAAGGAGCAACAAGGUGACGACGAGUUUUGGGCUCGCCCCGUACCGCACCGCCAGCACGAGAUCCUUAUGGAACGGGGCGACCACCUGACGGGUCUCUUCCAACGCUUCAUGGAGACGCCCCAAGCCCCUGCGAGCGGUACCGAGGAGCACCACUCCAUCUGCCUCGACAUGCUCCACUAUAAGUGCGCGCGUCUGAUAUGUCAGACGCUGCAUCAGAAGCCGCACCAGAGGCAGCAGUCGCCCGACGUCGUCGCCCAGUACGCGGAGCUCGUAUUGUUGGCUGCCCUGUUACAUCAAGGGCUGGUUUCCAAGCAGCGGGAAACGGGAGCAAUGCCUCGGUCGUUUACUCUCGAUAUUGGUAUCAUACCGCCCCUCUACUUUAUACUCGUUACCUGUCAAGAUCCCGUUAUCCAGGGGAAAGCCCUGGGGGUGCUGCGAAACUACCCGCAGCGAGAAAAUCUCUGGGACGGCAACUUUGUGCGCAACUUGUUGGUUACUGUCGAGAAUGUCAGUUACGGACCGGUUCAUCCCCUCAAGGAUGUCCCACAUUCACUUGCGUUUGGGAAAGGUAUACCGGCUCUCUAUGAGAAGCUACAGGAGCUGCGCAUCAAUGUUGAGGGGGAUGAUUGA